AUGGAGCCGCCGCGCUCCCCUGAUCCGCGGGGCCGGGGCGGGCGGCGGUUGCUGCCUUCGGCGCUCGCGGAGAGCUCUAUAUUUUUAUCCUUGAGAGGCCACGUGCUCCGUUUUGCUCUGGUUAAGCACAAGUAUGUCAGAAAUAGUUAUUUCUUCUGCUUAGAAGGGAGGAUUUUGCCUUGUUCUAAUGGAUGGGCUUUUACCCUUUCUCAGCGCAGGGUCACCUUGUCCUCCACGGACUGUUACAUCGUGCAUGAGAUCUACAAUGGAGAGAAUGCUCAGGACCAGUUUGAGUAUGAGCUGGAGCAGGCGCUGGAAGCCCAGUACAAAUACAUAGUGAUAGAGCCCACUCGCAUUGGGGAUGAGACGGCCCGCUGGAUCACUGUCGGGAACUGCCUGCACAAGACCGCCGUGUUAGCGGGCACCACCUGUCUCUUCACCCCUCUGGCACUUCCAGUAGAUUAUUCUCACUACAUCUCCCUGCCUGCUGGCGUGCUGAGCGUGGCUUGCUGCACCCUUUAUGGUAUCUCUUGGCAAUUUGAUCCCUGUUGCAAGUACCAAGUAGAGUACGAUGCCUAUAAACUUUCCCGCCUGCCCCUGCAUACGCUCACCUCCUCCACUCCGGUGGUGCUGGUGAGGAAGGACGACCUGCACAGAAAGAGACUGCAUAACACGAUAGCACUCGCUGCCCUGGUGUACUGUGUAAAGAAGAUCUAUGAACUCUAUGCUGUAUGACUUCAGCAGGGAAGAGCGAAACCCACAAAGACGAGUGUAUUAAGACUCCCGCAGUAACAUUUUGUUUUUCCUCUUUGAGAAGCAGUGGAGACUGGGAAGGAUUUGGUUUAAUAGAGCUGUUAUUUUUAAAAUAACACAUCACUGGUGCACCAAGGUUUUUCAGUUCUUCGUUACACUUAAGACGUGGAUGUGUGGUGACUUGCGAGCUGUAUGUUAGGCCAUGGGAGUCCAGUCCAGCAGCGGAAUGUCGAUGAAAGAAAGCUAUAGAAAGGGGGGUGAGAGCUUCCUUUUUUUUUUUUUUUGAAACAUUUAAGUAUGUUGUUUAAUUGUAUUACACAGAACCAGCCAGAAGUUAUCAUUGACCAUUAAAGGAUGAGAAUUUCAAA